GGAAGCAGCUUUCGGAGGGUAACAGACUUCGAUGUAACACCGGAAAACGUGUCGGGUUUGUAAUCCACUUGUGGAGCCUCAGCAUCUAUUUCAGCGCCUCGUUAUGGCCGUGAGUGUCUGAGAGACGCAGGAUAAUAUAUUUAUUUCUGGAGACGGGGGUCCUCCUCGACCAGUAAACAUGCCCGGUCUGCGAGAAGCUGGUUUAGUGGGCGCCGCUCUCGCCGUGGCCGGAGGAUUCGCCUUUAUCCUCUGGAGUUUCUUACAGACCAAGAAAAAACACCAACCGAAGAAAGUCACCCGGCUUUUAAAUGCCGAGAAACACGCAAAAACCACCGGGAAAGAAAUCAGGACCGAAAGCGCCACACAAGCUCCGACGGUGUCUGAGCCGCAGGAGAAGGGUACCCAGGUGCUGGUGUUAGGUCUGGAGGGUGCCGGGAAGACCAGCCUUCUACACUGCUUUGCGACGGGUAGCCUGGAGCAGGACGUCACGCCCACUCAGGGCUUCAACGCUGUCUCCAUCAACAAAGAGGAGCUACACAUUGAGUUCCUAGAGAUUGGAGGUGUGGAGAAGCUGAGAGAUUACUGGCAGAAGUACCUGAAGAAGGCGCGGGUGCUGGUGUUUGUGGUGGACUCGGCUGACCCUGCCCGCUUUCCUCUGGCUAAAACUCACCUGCACCGGCUGUUGGCUGCUGACCCAUACCUGCCGCUGGUCCUCCUGGCCAACAAACAGGACGUCCCGGGAGCUCACGGAGUGGCGGAUCUCUACGAGUCCUUGGCUUUGGGCUCUGUGGGCGACGCGCGUAAGCUGUGUGUUCUCGGGACGCAAGUGCGGAAAGGCAGAGCUGAGACCAACGCCGGCGUGCAGGACGCUCGAGAGCUCAUCAUCGAGAUGAUGAACAACAGCCGUGCAUAGAAGCAUCCCUUCGCCUGAUUGGCUGCAAUUCCAGCCAGAUGGCGUCUCAGCACUGCUGUUAACUUGUCAACAUGAAUGUAUUUAAAUGAAUCAGGGCUCUUAAAUCACCAAAUGCAUUUCUUAGGGUACAUUAAAGGAGCUCAACCAAAUAUGCUAAUGUGGCGAACAGUCAAUGAAUGCUAGUCCCCUCCAUUUAAAGCUCACUGGUGGCUGUUCAGUUACUGUUAGCAACUAAGUUUUUCACUACAGAGUUUAUUAAACAGGUGGGAGUUUUUUAGGGCUGUAACUUUUGUAGCACUAGUAUUUAAGUACAGAAUAUUAUCUAAAAUGUUUUUUUUUUUUUUUUUUAAAGGCUUUUAGAGAAUGUUGAGCGUUUCCAGAAGGAUGCCAAAGACUAAGUGUUACUACACAGAUACUACUGUGUUACUGCAUUCGUUUUGUGGGUGAAAUCUGUCUGCAUUAGUAUUUUACUCUGUUUGGAAAGAAACUGAUGGUCCUCUGCGAAGCUACUGCAGUUGGAGAAACAGUUUUUGUGUUGACUGGGUCUGUAUUAAACAUGAGCAUCACUGAUCGAUUGAAGCGAGUUGGUAAAUGGUUAAUAGAGUUUUGUCUGAAGACCUGAAUUCUGGAGGUCUGUAAUUUUGUUUCCUAUGUUCUGUGUAUUUGGUGUUGCUUCCGUUUGGCUUUUGAAAGCAAUAGAUUUGGCGAGAUUUCUUAAUGUUACAGUUCUUGAUCACAAAUAAAAACUAUUUAUGUAUCUAAA